AUGGCCAUGAGAUCAAGAAAAAGCCCUAGAUGGGAAAAUAUGGAUAGAGAUAUUUUGGCAAAGAUUUUCGAGAAGCUCAACGUAAUAGAUGUUACAAUGGGAGCAUCACGCGUCUGCAUCUCUUGGUUCCUUGUCUGUCACCAAAAAUCUCUAUGGAAAACCAUCGACCUUGCCUAUCUCCAACUUGACGACUUUAACCAUCCUCGACUGAAAAACUUUCUGGUCGAUGUAACCAUCGAAGUCGACACUCCGCCACAGAAAUACGAUAUAUACCAUCCUAGGAAGAUUUUGAAUGAAAUCACCAAAUUCAGCAGUACUGUCCCGAGUAGUUUGUUCUUAAACUUCCGUUCUUGGGUGGAAGAUGAAGAUCUCAUCAUCGCUGCUGAGAGGAUGCCAAAUAUAACAAAAUUUGUCUUGCCAAGAUGGGGCAAUUUAAGUGAGGAUUCCUAUCGAUUCGUAUUCAGUCAGUGGAAGAACCUUCACACACUGAUCAUCUCUCCAGCCUUUUACGUGAACCAGAAAAUCCUCAAGUUUCAACUCGUUGCAGAAAACUGUAUCAAUCUCACCAACCUGAAAAUUUCGGGUUACGUCGACGAAGAUUUAGUUGUGGAACUCGUGCGUUACCUCCCUAACCUUAAGAGGCUGAGUAUGCGAGGUUGUAAAAUCUACCAUAUUAAAAAAGUUUCUUUCCACAUCAUCAGAUGCCUCCAAAACCUAGCGAGCCUUAAUCUCUCACAUUGCAUUUUCAACGACAAAAUCACCGGUCCCAUCUGCGGAAUUGUACUUGAGGACAGUCUUAUAGAAAAUUUCACUCAGAAGAUUGACACAUUUAUCAUGUGUUCAAAAGUCGGAUGCUUGUUAUGCGAAGAUCCAUAUAAAACCUCGAUCGAUGUUUACGAGAAGCAUUGGCGAAAUGAUGAGAUUAAGGAACUUGAAUUCUGA